CUAAAAUGCGCUUCACAGCAGCUAAAUUAUUUGUUUGAAUUAUUGCAAUUUUAUUUUUUUACUACAUCAACAACCUUGACCAUUGUGAAUGAUUGCGUUUCCAAUUUCACAAAUGGGACAUAAACAAAAAACAUCUGAUUGGACGCGAAAUUUCACAUUCUUAUUGGCCAGGGGGUGUAGUGGUGUUGCGCUUAUUUACGAAAUACCUAAUAGUAAACAAAACACGUGCAUAUUAUCAGUGUGACUGCAAUACAUCCGAUUUCAUUUGUGUUUCUAGUGCGCGAGUGAAAGCAACGUUCAGUUUAAAAGUGUAUUUUAAUAAGAUCGAGUAAAGAUGCCCAUUAUAGACCCAAACACUUUGGUUAAACUACAAAAAGACAUCGAACGUGUGCGUAAUAUCUGCAUUUUGGCACAUGUCGAUCACGGCAAGACCACACUGGCUGACUCACUUGUCGCUAGCAAUGGCAUCAUUUCGCAACGUAUGGCAGGCAAAUUACGUUAUCUGGACACGCGUCAAGAUGAGCAGGAACGUGGCAUAACAAUGAAGAGCAGCAGCAUAUCGCUGUAUUAUCGUGGCAGCGCUAAGAAUGAUGGCAACGAACAAGAUUAUCUGGUUAAUCUGAUAGAUUCGCCUGGACAUGUUGACUUCUCCAGUGAAGUCUCAACAGCGGUGCGCUUGUGCGAUGGCGCAAUCGUUGUGGUUGAUGUAGUCGAAGGUGUUUGUCCGCAAACGCGCGCAUGCUUAGAACAAGUUUACAAGGAACAGCUAAAGCCUGUUUUGGUAUUAAAUAAAAUUGAUCGUCUCAUAUUGGAGAUGAAGCUAACGCCGUUAGAUGCCUACUUUCACAUACUGCAAAUUUUAGAGCAAGUAAAUGCGGUACUCGGCAGCAUAUUUGCCUCGGAUGUGUUUUCUAAGGAGGACAUCACCAAUAAGGACAACUAUGAGUCGGCUUUAGAAGACGUAGACGAUUCAAGUUUAUACUUCUCUCCAACUGACGGUAAUGUGAUUUUUUGCUCUGCUUAUGACGGUUGGGCUUUCUCUGUGAGCGACUUUGCCAGAACUUAUGCUGAACGUUUAGAAAUACCGCAAGCUGACCUCGAACAAGUACUCUGGGGAGACUUCUUUUACAAUUCUAAAAAGAAAUGUGCCGUUCCUGGUGCACAGGAGAAGGCCAAGAAACCCAUGUUCGUGCAGUUCGUGUUAGAGAAUAUCUGGAGUCUCUACGAUAUCAUCGCUGUGCGCAAAGAUAAAGAAAAGCUGCCGAUCAUUGCCGAGAAAUUAGGCAUAAAGCUGCAAGCACGUGAUUUACGUGUCGCCGAUGCCAAAGCACAAAUAAAAACUGUGCUCGGCCAGUGGCUGCCCAUCGAUCGCACGGUCUUAGAGAUGGUGGUGCGUCAUGUACCGGCGCCAAAUGUAAUCUCCGAUGAGCGCGCAGAAAGGUUGCUCUUUCCACAAAAUGUCGAGUUAAACAGUUAUCCAGCGGAAACCUUGUUGCUGAAAGAGGAGUUCAAAUGCUGCAAUAGCGACAGUGAAAACAUCAUUGUAUUUGUUUCCAAGAUGGCACCUGUGCAUGUCUCACAAUUGCCGCAAAAUAAGCAGCGGCGCUUAACGGAGGAUGAGCUACGUUUGCGGCGAGAAGAAGUGCGUCGGCGCAUAGAAGAGCGUAAACAAGCGGCUGAAAAGGCGGAAUUGGAGAAUCUUACUGCUGGCGUAGAGCAGCUAAACGUUGAAGAAACCACCGCUGUGCCCUCAAACAACAGUGAGUGUCAAGACGUGUCCAAACAAGAAGAAGCAGAAAAGUCGGAUUACGUUUUUGUUGCAUUUGCGCGUAUCUUCAGUGGUACACUGCGUCCGGGCAUGCGUCUGUACAACCUCACACCUAAACAUGACCCUCGAAAUAAAGAUCAGCUGAAUUUGAAUUCGCCUUACAUAAGCGAAGUGUCGAUUGGUGAUCUGUAUAUGUUUAUGGGCGGUGAAUUGCAAUCGCUGGAUGAAGUGCCGGCGGGUAAUAUUGUGGGCAUUGGCGGUCUGGACCAGGAUAUCGUCAAGACCGCUACAUUGAGCAACACCAUCAAUUGCACCUCAUUUAGUGAGCUCAACCUAAUGGCCACGCCCAUAUUGCGUGUGGCAAUUGAGCCGGUGAACCCGCAGGACCUACCCAAACUUGUGAAGGGGCUUAAAUUGCUGAAUCAGGCUGAUGCGUGUGUACAAGUAUCGAUGGCGCCCACGGGCGAGCAUGUAAUCACCACUUUGGGUGAAGUGCAUGUGGAGAAAUGUGUGCGCGAUCUGGAAGAAAGUUAUGCCAAGAUAAAAGUCAAUGUAUCUGAACCAAUAGUGUCCUUCCGUGAGACCAUAGUGCCCGCAGCCACAGUGGACAUGGUCAAUGAAGCUAUUAUAAAGACGGCCACCGAUAAGGACAUAACCAAAAAGAUUAUCACACAGCAAACGGCUAAUAAAUUGGGCACACUACGCAUUAUUGCAUUGCCACUGCCACAAAGCGCAGUUGAUUUGCUGGAAAAAUACUUAAGCCUCUUUAAGGAGUUGGCAGCGAAUAGCAAAGGCAUUGCUGUGUCGGAUAAAUAUGCCACGCUCUUGGCGCAAUUGAAAACGCAAUUAGCGAACGCCUUAACUGAGUUCGAUCUUAAGGGUCUCUCAGCACUAACGCCCAAUGAGUUGGUCGAACGCAUCUGGGCGCUUGGACCACGCAAUUGCGGCUCUAACAUACUCUUGAACCUGAGCGACUAUGAGCAACCAAAUUUUUGGCACUCGUUGACGCAUCAAACAGACAAUGAUGCCGUUACUAAAGUGGCGAGCGAUGUUCGUCGUGACUAUAACAGCUCAUUUGUGAAUGGUUUUCAGUUGGUCACCGCUGCGGGGCCGCUCUGUGAGGAGCCCAUGCAAGGUGUUGCCUUUGUGGUGCUCGAGUGGUCGGUGGAGGCGGGAGAGGAGUUGAAUUCCAAGUCGUACGGUCCAUUUUCUGGCCAAGUGCUAACUGCAGCGAAGGAGUCUUGCCGCAUGGCAUUCCAGGCACAGCCGCAACGUUUGGUCAGCCCCAUGUACAGCUGUAACAUUGUGGUGAAUGCGGAAGUUUUAGGUAAGUGCAAUAAAGACGUUUCUAUGUCGGCAAUAAAGCAUAAAUACUAUUUACCGACGAUUGGCGGGCGACGACAGCCGAGAAUGUGGCAUAAUAAAACAGCUGCAGCCACAGCCAACGACCAAAAGUGUACCAACGGUGCAAGUAGGUGUGAUGACAUUCACUUAAGUGUGUGUGUGUUUACGUCCACUUCGAAUGGUUGGUUUGUGAAUUGCGAAUUGCCGCUGAGUGAGUGUGACUUGUUGACCAACAAACAAAUACUGCGAAUGUCCAAGCAACGAACGACAAUGGCAACAACAAGUGUAGGUGAACGUGUGGCAUGCCACCAGCACAUUGACAAUUUUAUUAAUAGUCCGUAGCUUGUAACAAUUGUGGUGGAGUUGCUGUGGCAACAAUUGUUAUUAUUGUUUUUGUUGCCAUUGCGAUUGCCAAGGAGAGAAUUUUCUAUCGAAUAUCAAACAAUGAAUGUGCAACGCUGACGUUUCAGACACACAUACUGUCCGCAGAUAUUGGCACUAAUAACCAUUCAAGUGUACGACGAGAAGAGUUCCACACGCACACACAAAA